AUGCCCCGCUAUCGGUCUCUAGUCCUCCCCUUAAGCUUCGUCUCUGCUGUUUUCACCCCCACGCAAGGGCACCACUUGCCGACGACAAUCGACAUCUUGUCCUACAAUGACGUCUACGAAAUGCUGCAGGAUACCGUCGAGGGACUCAAGCUCGGUGGCCCGUCCCGGGUCGUCCCUAUCGCCAAAGCUAUGCGGCAAACAAAUCCCAAUAGCCUCGUGCUCUUUGCUGGGGAUACCGUCUCCCCGUCGCUCUGGUCCACGCAGUUCAAUGGGCAGCACAUGGUGCAGGCCCACAAUGCCAUCGGACUCGACUUUGCGUCACUGGGGAACCACGAAUUCGACUUUGGUCUUGAGAACUUUUUCAAUGUCACGGGAGCUUCUACGUUCCCGUGGCUGAACGCCAAUUGCUACGAACGGACGACGAACCAGUUGCUCCGGGGGACCGUGCCUUAUGCCAUCAAGCACCUCACGGACGCUCAUAACGGAGACCUUGUGGUCGGUAUCUUUGGUGUCAUGUACGACAUGAAGGACACGAGCAAAAGACUGUAUUGGGAAGACCCGAUCGAAGCUGCUCGAAAACAGGUCGCGACCUUGCAAGCAAAGCGCGUGGACUUUAUCAUUGCGUUAACGCACCAAGAUUUGGUUGACGACAAUCGCUUCUCGAAGGACGUAGCGGGAGUUGACUUGAUCAUUGGUGGUCAUGACCACACGUCAAUGCUGCAGACGAACUACGGCACACCGUACAUCAAAGCGGACUUUGACUUUCGAUCGAUCUGGAAGACGCACGUGAAGUAUUAUGCUGCUGAAGCAGGUACCGGUCGGAAGACCGUCAUGACGCACGAGGUUGUUCCGAUUGUCGAGAGCUUACCAACGGACAAGGCGCUGGAUGCCGUCAUUGCCAAGUACCGGACGCAGAUGGAAGCUCUGGAACAGCAAGUGAUCGGAACUCUAUGCGAAGACCUGGACCUUACUCAAGAGGCGGUCCGCACACGAGACAGCAAGAUCGGGUACCUCUUUGCUGACGCUGCUCGACAGUUUUACGGCACUGGUUCAGCUGACAUUGCCGUGAUGAACGGAGGUGGCAUUCGAGGUGAUAAGGUCGUUCCUGCUGGGAAUUUGUCACUUGGUGAGGUGUUGUCGUGGUCACCGUUUGGCAACACUUUGAUGACCAUUCAGACGAAUGGUGCAUCACUUAAACUGUUCCUCAACCGUGAGAUGGUUGGAAGUUGUGGGGCGAAUAAUGCCUUACAACAGAAUGGGUUCUACGUGCACCCCUCAGGCUUCAAGUACACCUACAAGUGCACGGGCGAAAGGGUUGGCACCGUCUCGAGCUUGACGUGGCACAACCACUUGACAAAUCGAGGCGAGAUCCAAGACACGGACGUGCUCGUCGUGGCGAUCAGCAACUUCCUGUACACGUCCGAGUUUAUUGUGAUCAAAGGUAUCAAUGCUAUCGUACGGACCAGCGAAGCUGAAGCCGAGCGCAUGGACUCGGCUCUGGAGGCGUAUGUCACGAAAUUCAGCAGCGGUAAUGUGUGUAUCCGGUCGAUGGAACAGCGCUCUGCCGUCUCCUUCUAA